CUGAUAAAUUUGUUUGUGGAGGAAACAAGGCGCCUACAGGAUCCUGCAAAGAUCCAGAAAGGAGCUGUCCAGCCGGAAAGGAGCUGUCCAGCCGGUAGUACUUGUGUUAUAGGAUUCGGCGGAGGGCUAUGCUGUGACGAUGCCAAUGAGAAGCAGUGGGAUACGGAAGCUCGCAAUCCCACUUGUCCGGUUGGUAAAGCACUCACAAGAACUAGGGAGUAUGGGCAGGAGGCUUGGAUUGGCAAAAGCUGCAGUCACAGAUUCUGCCCGUAUGGCUAUGACUGCAUCCAAGGAGACCGUGUUGCUCAUUGUUGUGGUCCGAUACCAAACUUCAGGGAAAAGUUGUAUCCAGAAAACGGCAACUCCAUCAACAAUGAUGAAUAUUCCAAAGCUAGACCGUUUCCAGGAAGUGGGCAAAGGCCAAAGACUAAAGUACCGGCAUCAUCGUCUUCUGGUAGCUCAGAAGAAUCAAACGGGUAUCGUCGUUAUAGGUACCGCAACAGGCAUUGA